AUGAAGAAUGGGCGGAGAGACUCACGAAGCGGCACUCCCACCUCCGGUACAUUUGCACCUGCUUUCAUUAAAACGGAGGAGAUGAUGCGCGGCUACGACACUGUCAAAGGCAUUGAAGGCGAAAAUGACUUUUCCGGCAAGCGAUACGUGUGGCUAAAGGAUCCCGAGGAAGCCUUUGUCAAAGGAUGGGUCGUAGAGGAUAAGCCAGGUGGCAAACUACUCGUUCAGCUCGAUGACGGCAGUCGACGAGAAGUUGAUGCUGAAAGCUUUGACAAGGUCAAUCCUACGAAAUUCGACAAAGCUAAUGACAUGGCUGAGCUCACGCAUCUAAACGAAGCCUCUGUGGUGCACAACCUCCGCAUCCGAUACCAGUCAGACCUCAUUUACACAUACUCAGGCCUCUUCCUGGUCACUGUGAAUCCAUACUGUCCAUUACCCAUAUACACAAACGAGUACGUCAAUAUGUACCGAGGAAGAAGCCGAGAGGACACGAAGCCACACAUCUUUGCUGUUGCAGAUGAAGCGUUCCGCCAUUUGGUCGAAGAAGGCUCCAAUCAGAGCAUUUUAGUUACCGGUGAAUCUGGAGCUGGUAAAACCGAAAACACGAAAAAGGUCAUUCAGUACCUUGCUGCUGUGGCGCAGUCCGAUUCCGCGAACAAAAAUCGCGGACAGCAUGCUAACCUAUCGCAACAAAUCCUUCGCGCCAACCCAAUUCUCGAAGCUUUCGGUAACGCGCAGACUGUUCGAAAUCACAAUUCAUCUCGCUUCGGCAAAUUCAUCCGAAUCGAGUUCAACCGCAACGGCGCAAUUACCGGCGCGCACAUAAAUUGGUACUUGCUCGAAAAGUCCAGAGUUGUUCGUAUCAACGGCCAAGAACGUAACUACCAUAUCUUCUACCAGCUUCUCAAGGGAGCAAAUUCCCGCAUCAAGAAGGAGUUCAUGCUUGAUGGCUGUGACACGAGCGACUUUUCAUACACUCGUGAUGGCAACGACAGUAUUGUCGGAGUUUCAGACACGGAAGAGUGGGAUACCCUUAUGGAGGCCUUCCAAGUCAUGGGAUUCUCCGAGCAGGAUCAAUUGUCUAUUUUGCGAACUAUUGCGGCUGUUUUGCAUCUCGGCAAUGUCGAGGUCAAGAAGGAGAGCCGAAGCGCAGACCAGGCUUCGCUUUCUGCAGACGCAAAAGCGCAGGUUGCCAAAGUCUGUAAGCUUCUUGGUGUGCCCGUGGAGCCCUUUAUCCGCGGUCUGUUGCAUCCCAAGGUCAAAGCCGGGCGUGAAUGGGUGGAAAAGGUGCAGACCCCCGAACAGGUUCGUCUUGCGCUUAAUGCGCUAGCCAAGGGUAUCUACGAGCGCGGCUUUGGCGACUUGGUUUCUCGAAUCAACCAUCAACUUCAUAGCUCCGGCAUGGGACCUGACGAAUCACACUUCAUUGGUGUUCUUGAUAUCGCUGGUUUCGAGAUUUUCGACCACAACAGCUUUGAGCAACUGUGCAUCAACUACACAAACGAAAAGCUACAGCAAUUCUUCAACCAUCACAUGUUUGUGCUGGAGCAGGAAGAGUAUGCUAAGGAACAGAUCGAGUGGCAAUUCAUCGAUUUUGGUCGAGACUUGCAGCCAACGAUUGACCUCAUUGAACUCUCUAACCCUAUUGGUAUAUUUUCUUGCCUCGAUGAGGACAGCGUUAUGCCCAAGGCUACCGAUAAGACUUUCACUGAGAAGCUCAACUCUCUGUGGGAAAAGAAGACUCCCAAGUACCGACCUUCCAGACUGGGCGCGGGCUUCAUUCUUACCCACUAUGCCGCAGAAGUCGAAUAUGAUACCACCGGCUGGCUUGAGAAGAACAAAGACCCUCUCAACGACAACGUCACACGACUACUUGCGAGUUCGAGUGACAAGCAUAUCGCCGCACUGUUUGCCGACUGCGCUGACCCAGAUGAUGAGAUUGCCAGCAGCCGCAACCGUGUCAAGAAGGGCUUGUUUCGAACCGUCGCCCAACGCCACAAGGAGCAGCUUCACAACCUGAUGAACAAGCUGCACUCUACACAUCCUCACUUUGUCCGAUGUAUUCUUCCCAACCACAAGAAGCGCCCCAAGACGUUCAGCAACCUUCUUGUUUUGGACCAACUACGCUGCAACGGUGUGCUUGAGGGAAUUCGAAUCGCUCGCACUGGAUUCCCUAAUCGAUUGUCAUUUGAUGAGCUUCGCCAGAGAUACGAAGUUCUUUGCUCCAACAUGCCCAAGGGUCAUCUGGAUGGCCAGACUGCUGCCACGAUUAUGCUUGAAAAGCUUGCUCUGGACAAGGCUCUCUACCGUGUUGGUCUCACAAAGGUCUUUUUCCGUGCUGGCGUCUUGGCCGAAUUGGAAGAGCGGCGUGAUGCCCUGAUCACCGAGAUAAUGUCACGGUUUCAGUCGGUUGCGCGAGGCUUUAUCCAGCGACGUGCGGCAUACAAGCGACUCUUCCGGACGGAGGCUACCAGAAUCAUUCAAAGAAACUUCAACGUCUAUCUCGACCUUGUAGAAAACCCCUGGUGGCAUCUUAUUGUAAAGAUGAAGCCUUUGCUUGGGUCUACAAGAACAGCUUCUGAAGUGAAGAAAAGAGACAUGAUGAUUCAGCAGCUGAAUGAAAAGAUGCGCCUCGAGCUAGAAAGCAAAACUAAGCUCGAAGAAGAACGCCGCAAUUGCUUUACUGAGAUUGCGCGCGUCCAGCAGACUCUGGAGAGUGAGCGAGCGCUCGCGUUAGACAAGGAGGAAAUUUUCAAGCGACUUCAAAAGCGGGAGGCUGAGCUUGAAGAGAAGCUCUCAGGUGCUUUGGAGGAUCAGGAACGCCUGGAGGAUGAGCUUGAUGAGAUCAUGGAAGCCAAAGUGCGCGCCGAAGAAGACCUCGAAAGGCACCGCACCCAACUUGCUCAGGCUGCUAGCUUGAUCGCGAAGCUAGAAGAUGAGAAGAAGACGCUCUUGGCACGUUCUGUUGAGCUCGAGCAAUCAUUCAACGACAUUUCACAGCAGCAGUCUGAACGUUCAAAGCAGGAAGAAGCUCUCGAGCGCGAGAUCAAGAUGCUACAGAGUCAAUUGUCCCUCAAGGACCGCAAAGCACAAGAUCUGGAGAGCAAGCUUCUCAAGCUGGAUCAAGAAGUACAAGUAAAGCUUCAUGAGACACAAAAAGAACUUGAUCUUGCAAAGACUCGCGAAGCGCGCGUCAUUCGAGAGAAUAAGGACAUCCAAAAGCAGCUUGCACAGCUCUCCAAGACUUCUACCGAGUACGAGGAUCUCGUUCGCGACAAGGAAAGCGAGCUUUCACUCCUCCGUAGUGACAAGAGACAAUUCGAAUCCGAGCGUCGCGGCUUCGAGGCGCAAAAGAAGGCUUUGACCGGUGACAUUGAAAAGACUACUGCCAAGUCUCGGGAAAUUCAGGCCGAGCUCGUUGCGCUGAAAUCGAAGCACUCUCAGCUUGAAAAAGAGUCUGAGGACGCCAAGAAUCUGCUUGAGGCACGUCUAUCUCAAGAUGCGCAAGCCGACAAGACCAGACAACAGCUCGAGUCUCAAAUCAAGAACCUCAAAGAAGAACUGUAUCAAACGCAGAUGGAUCUGAGCCGAGAGAGACAGUCUCGUGACGACGUCCUGCUCUUGGGCGAGCAUAAAUAUCACGCUCUCAAGGACGAGUUUGACAACCUCAAUGAGUCCAAAAUUAUCAUUGAAAAGGAGCUCUAUGUACAGCAAGAUUCCCUGCGAAGGCAUGUAGAAACUCGCAAGGUCGUUGAGCAGGAGCGCGACGAAGCCCGCAUCGAAAUCCGCAAACUACGUGCGGCCAAGGCGGAGAUGGAAGAAGCCCGCGUUCUUGCAGAGGAGAAACGUGAACUUGAAGCAGCUAAGGCAGCCAAGGAUCGCGAAGCCAGUCUACAACGAGACCUCGAUGCCGCCCACUCUCGCCUUGAGUGGUUCGAGACUGAAUGUGCCAAGCUCACUCGCCACAUUGAAGGCCUCAACAAGACAAUGCUUGCUUCUGGCGAUUUUGGACUGAAGAAUGAUCAGGCCAAGGAACGCAUGGAGCGUGAGCUAACUACUGUCAAGAGCCGGCUUGCGGCAUCGGAGAAUGACAACCGAGCCCUGUUAAACAAGCUGCAGCAAAAGGGUCUCGAGAUCGCUCGAUCGACCUCCAAGGCAAGCGAUGCGUCUCGUGGGCAAGUUCUAUCUCUCCAGAAAGAAAAAACGAGACUGGAAGAGCAUAAUGCUGUUCUUGACAGACAACUGGGCGAGGCUCAAGUUACCAUUGCUUCGCUAGAAAAGAGGACAGAAAAACUGCAGCUCGACUUGGAAGAUCUCAACCACGAAGUUGCGCGUGAAGUCAAGUCAAGCCGCAACGCCGAAAAGGCCUCAUCCAACUUUACUGCGCAGCUUGCCGAAGCCAACCGCACGGUGGAAUCCGAGAGACAGCUGCGCACGCAAGCUCAGUCGACUGUGAGGACGUUGCAGGCAUCUUUGUCAUCCCGCGACCGCGAGCUUGAGGAUCUUCGCGAGCAGAUGCUCAAGAUUCUCAAGACGGUCGAUCCUGAGGCCACACCCUCCAUCAUGGAUGGGGCGAGCGAGCGUGGCAUCGCAGUCAAUUUUGACCUAGCCCGCAAGGUUGAAGAGCUGCAGCAAAAUCUACGCGCUCAGACUGCAGCACGUUCCAACGCCGAGUCUCAGUUGUCUGAGCUUCGCGCCUCGCGGGGCGAUCCCAACCGCCCCAAGCUGGAGGAGAUUCACCUCAACGAAGCUCCGUUCAAUGGCUCGCCUACGCAAAGGAAGUCCAAGGCGCGAAGAGUUUCCAACACGACAACGCCAACGCGUCGCAACCAGCAGCCCGAGUUUGAACUUCAGGACUCUGUUCGCUCUGACAAAACCGCCGAUACUGCGCUGUUGAACAACCGUAUGGAUAUGAAGGCAGAAGUUGAAGAACUUCACAACCAGCUUCAGCUAAGAGACAUGCAAAACCGACACCUGCAAAGUCAGCUCGACCGCGCAACUCCUGGCCCCGACAACAACUACGAUGAGCAGAAUCCGUCCAUGCGUCGCAUGCAAAAACUCGAAAAGGCCAACAGUCGUCUACACGACCUCUUGGACGACUCUGCUCGCAAGGUGUCUACUCUCGAGAAAAAUAUUCGCACUGGCGAGCUGUCCUUGCGUGAUAUCCAGGCUCGGACCCAUGAGGAGUUGCUCGACGCUUUCAACAACCAAGAAGAGUCUCGCCGCUCGCUGCUUCACAGUCAUAAGGAUGCUGUAGCGGAGCUCACUGACGUCAAGUCUCACUUUGAUAAGAUGCGCCACGACCGCGCCAAGCUGGAAGUCGAAGUGCGCGACGUCAAGUCGGAUCUGCAUGAGAUGACACAGGCCCGAGAGCAAGAGGCACAGAGCCGCAGUCAGCUACUUCAAGAAUACACCGAUCUCCAAAUUCGCCUCGACGCAGAAAGCGCUAGACUAGCAGACGUGACCUCGAGUCUCGAGACUUACAAGUCGCGCGCUGACGAGUACUUUGGCAAGUUAGAGCAAGCUGAGAUCUCUGUCCUCAAGGCUACUCGCGCCGAGCAGUUUGCCAAGUCUCAGGCUAGGGAAGCCGAAGAUUCUUUGGCUGAGACCAUGGCCGAGCGCCAGAAACUCGAUAACCAGAUUGAGGACCUGCAGAGACAGAAUCAGCGUCUUGAUGAAAAGGUUGAGGACAUUUCAACCGAUUUGGAAGCGGCAUUGCAAGCCAAGAAGCGCCUCCAGCAUGAGCUCGAAGAUUAUCGUAGCCAGCGCGCCAUGGACAUUGAGGACAAAGAAUCCAGCAUGGAGCAGACUCGCAAGAAGUAUCAGGCUGAGUUUGCUACCCUGACCAAGGAACUUGAUCUUGCCCGCGAGGAAAAGCUGUACAAGCAGACUGAGAUUACCAGACUUCGAGAAGAGCUUGAUGAUCUUCGAUCCAAGUGGGACGACGAGGUCUUGAACAGCUCUACUUGGUCCAAGGAAAAGGCGCGCAUGGAGGCCACUCUGUCCGAUGUAUCUGCUUCGCGCGAGGAAGCUGCCAAUGCGCAUAGCGAGGCUCAGGGCAAGGUCGUAUCUUUACUGUCGCAGGUACGCACGCUGCGAACCAGCGUCGAUGAAAUUACCGCCGAACGCGAUCGCCUGAUGCGCGAGAAGCGCAGCGUGGAGAGCCGUCUUGAGGAAGCCAAGGCUGGCCUCGACGGUCUCGCUCGCGGCGAUAGUGCCUCGCUGCGAGAUGCUGCCAACAUGGACAAGGAGAUUCUCGAGCUCAAGUCGAACUUGGCUAAGCAAGAGGAUGUUGCCACGGCUGCAGUGGAAAAGAUGCGCCGUUCAGAGGCUUUGGUGGCCGAGAUGCAAAAGGAAGUCGUCAUGGAGCGUGAGAACAAUGCUUCCGUGCUCUCGCAAAAGGCAGCCGUAGAGCGCACACUCAAUGAGGCCCAGCUGAAGCUGGUGGAUCUAGAGACGAAGGGAUUCUCGAGCGCCAGCCAGGAUAUCAAGUUUUUGCACAGGAGAAUUCAAGAGCUUGAAUCACAACUCGAGAAACACGAGACGGAGAAGUCGCAGUCGCAGCGAUCAACACGCAACGUAGAUCGUGCCGUCAAGGACCUGCAGGGCCAGGUCGAACGGAAAGACCGACAAAACGCGCAGCUUUCAGAAGACGUCAGCCGGAUGCGCGAAAAGGUCGACAAGCUUCUGAAGACGAUCGACGAACUGCAGGCGUCCGAGUCGGCGAUUCAGCUUUCAACGCGACGCGCAGAACGCGACCUGCGGGAGGAGAAGGAAAAGACAUUGCGCCUGGAGCGCGAGGUGGAUAGUUUGAAGGCGUUCAAAAGCGGUGGAAGCCUCAAGCUCAAGACGAGUGGGAGCAUUCGCAGCAGGAUCAAUGCAUUGGGAGUGAUAGAGGACGAAGACGAAGACUCAAGCCUGAGUCGCGCACCAAGCUUGACCAAGGGCUUCAUCUGA